CAUUUGUGUUCGCGAAGCCAAGUGGAGCUUCCCAGUUGUUUGCCACAACGACGAUAUCAUAUCGCGUUGUCGUGCCGCUUCGGUUUCAGGUAAGACUCGCAGUACGUCGCUCGGCAUGUGUAUAGGCUCGCAUUCGGUCAGCGUUCUUUAAUGGCAUCUGAGUCGAUCAGCAUUGAUUGUGAAACUACAGCUCUCCGAAUUUUGGAAUCUGUGGUGGAUCAGUACGGCGAUUUGCGGAGCUCGCGCGUGCAGCGAGGUUUGUCGCAUCUAUCUGUGGUCGUUGUUGAUAAUAAAUGCAGUGGAUCCACACACGAAAAAAUCUCGGUCAAAUGCGCUUGCCACAGACGCAAGGCAAUUUUUUUUACUACUAAUCGUGGAAAUAUAAAAUCGGUACAUUCAUGAAGUGUACAGUACAGGGAUGUGGAUGUCUGCUGGUUUACGUAACUUUCAAGAGAUUGAUACUACCACUGUUUGAUUUUUGUAUGUUCAUCAUGUUAGCGCGCUCCAAAGCUCAGCGGAAAAAAUACACCGAGCCCUUAACGGGCAAGCUGUAGUAUGAGUGCAGCAUGCCUUUCGGGGUCUCUGGUUUCAAAAGAGAACAUCAACAGCAGCCUACGUGGUCUGCCUCGUGUACCGCGCAGAUUGCUGCGCCGGACGCCGACGCGACUGGCGCGUUCAAGAAGAAUCACCGUGCGCAUGGGUAGCUCCUCGGGUGGCUCGAAGCACUCUCGCGAGGAGUGGUUGUUGACUCUGGAUCCCAACCGCAGCUCUGGCAGAGUGCCGAACCUCGCUGCAAUGGAAAGCGACAUUGGCGCUGUCAAGGCGUGGAAAAAGCGUAGAACAAAGGCGCAGAGCAAUGUUCCAGCACGUUGCGACCUCGAGUUCAAAUGCGAGCUCUGUUAGCCGAUGUCGUGACCCGAACUGAUUCGGAUAUAUUCGACAGAUGAUUCAAGGAUAGAAAUUCCGAGAAAAAGGGUAUGUCAGCCUCAGCGCUGCACGACCUUACUUAUUGACAGGGUGUGGCUCAACGACGAGAAUAUUAACCUUCUGCGCAAGCGUAAAUAAUGAAUUCCGCUUGCAGGAUUAAUGAUGAUGAUAUUAACCAAUUUCCAAUCGAUGUAAGUCUCGUUGUUGUACUUGUGGAU